AUGGCCGAGCAUGGAGAUGAUCCUUCUGUGACGUCUAAACUCCGCAAUGAGCGCCCUUUUCUUUAUCCGUGGAAUCGUCGACUGCGUCAUCUGCAUGGAAUCUCGUUGCGCAACCUGCAUGUCACCACCCCAAGUCCCAAAAGACGGGCGAAGACAAUCACCGACGACGACGCACCUUACAACCUUGUUUCCCCAGCGAAGCGUGCUCUGCAAGGCGAUUCGAAGCCCUUGACCCAAUCAAGAUCCUUCACAAACCUGUCCGAUGCAACUGACGACCCCCCCGGCCCUGGUAGCUUUCACAGAGCUGCUACUUCAUACCAAAAGAAUGACAAACAACAGAACGGGCCGGGCGGACGCAGGCUCCGUAGAAGAAGUACUCUGCAUUGGGGCUCGACAAGUCCACGAAUCCGGCAAUCGAAGCUGGAAGAGAUGGUGGUCAAUCGUCUCGCUGAUACUUGGGUGUCGGUACACUGUCCUGGCGUGUCCGAGCCUAUUUAUAUUAGUGAGGUGAUAGAAAAAUCCAUGAACCCGAGUUUUGCCUUUUUCGACCUGGAUGGUAGCGGACCUCAAAUAUCGAGAUCUGAUGAAUGUACCAUUCGAGUAUGGGCCCGAUGUUCCAGCACCGAAGACUAUUGUUUACUGGUCGAGCUGGACCUGAAUCUCAGAUCUCUACAGUUCAUUGGGCGCAGCCUCGAGAAUUUCCACCAUCCAUUGCCCCCCAAUUGCAUCCUCCUCCAUUUAUCUGACGGUAUCUACACCAGCUUUACCGACCUUCCUGCCGACCCGCAUCCGGUGGUCGAGCAUGCCAUUGACCACAGGGCUGGAAGCAGGAAGCCGGGCUCUUCCUUUGACGCUCUUAUGCAGCUUGCCAAUCUGGACGAGUGUAUUCAAGAUGCGGUCAAAGUCAGAUCGCAGCUAGAAGAGGACAUCAAUAAACUCAUCGCGCAGGCUCACCUUCUCACGGAUCAUGAGGACGACCUCGAACUCGACGAAGACAACCCUCAAACUGAGGCGGCACUGGCGGCAGAACGGAAGAAUUUACGACAGCUGACGAAACGACGAGAUGAAUUGAAGGAGUCUUUGGCCCAACGGCGACAGGUGCUAUCGUUGGGACGCAAAGUGGAACUGAAAUCCCGAAUGGUGUUGGAAGAGAAGUCCAAAGCCUGCAAUGAGCUCGAGACUCAGGUCCAACAAAUCGAGAAGGAUUCAACUGGUCAAAUACGACGAAUCUGUGAGACACUUCUCACGAUUUUCCACAUCGAACCCCUGCAGAGCCGGACACUCCAAUUCACGAUCUGCGGUAUUCAUCUCCCGAAUUCUGUAUACAAUGACACCAAUCGAGACGAAAUUGCCGCGGCUCUUGGAUACGCUGCCCAAUUGGUCCAUCAGCUGUCGCUGUAUCUCUCGAUUCCGCUGCCAUAUCCCAUCGAACCAUUCGGCUCUGCGUCAUUCAUCUCCGAUCCCAUAUCAAUUGCAUUGAGCCAACGACGAUACCCCCUUCACCCCACCACUGUGCCGUAUAAGUUUGAGUAUGGAGUGUUCUUACUCAAUAAAGAUAUUGAAUUUCUCAUGAACCGAUCUGGCCUCCGAGUUCUUGACAUCCGGCAUACACUUCCCAACCUCAAGUACUUGCUUUACCUUAUGACAGCUGGCACCGGGGACUUGCCAGCUCGCAAGGCUGGAGGAGUCAAGGGUCUCAUGGGAGGUCGCAUGAUCCCCGAUAUCGCACGUCGGGACAGCGAAGACAGCGUGAGGAGCCUCCCAUCAUCUUUGAGGCAAAAUAUAACAGAGAUGACUACCAAUGGCGGCAUAAUGGGCACCAAAGAAAAGGAGGUUGGUGAUCCUUGGGUGGCGACAUCACCAGGUCGAGGCCUGCCGUACAGACACGGCUUCUCUGGGAUGCAGGAUAGGUGA